UAGAUCAGACCAAGGGACCAUGUAGUCCAGCAUUCUGUUCUCAGCAGUAGCCAACCAGAUGCAUCUGGGAAGCCUGCAAGCAGGAACUGAACGCAACGGUAAUGUCUCCACCAGUGGUUCCGCCUUCAACAGCAAAGUCAGAACCUAGUUAUCAUGAACUCAGCAUGAAGAACCAGUGAGUUGGCUAGAAAUGUAGGUGUUCCUAAGGAACACUCACACAGAGGUCUUCCUUGUAGCUCCCUAAAAUGUCCCUGUUUGCUGCCUCCGUAAGGUAGGAAAGCACGAAAUUGCUAUUUUCUCCACAUGUUUCCCUUGAGCAUGCAAAAAAUGGGUCAAGAAUGCAGAACUCUGCAUUCUUGACCCAGUUUGAUGCCUUUUCCUAACCAAACUUUUUAUUGUUGCUAUUAUCUCCUUAGGAAUUUUAUCUCAUUUAUAGUUCUACCACAGGGAUGGGAGUCCAUUCAUGCUGUGUGUGCCUUUAAGUGUUUGAUGUUCCAGAAAGGACUUAGCAAGCCAACAGCCCCUGUUACUUCAAAGUGACUUUUGAAUUGUGUGGUUGGGAGUGCAGAAAGUGUGUAUUCUCCUCCUUAGAUUUACAUGCAGACUGAAAACAUGAAGGGUAAAUAGGAUUGUGCCUCGUGGCUGCGUUCUUGACCUCUGCACUUCCACUGACCUGACUUAGUACAUUCACCAGAAGAUGAGAACAAGCUCUACAUGUGUACAUGUGCCCAUGCAUACAGCCCAUUCCUCACUUCUACUGCAGGUUUGGAGGUUGGGAGUGAGGCCAGCAGAUUCACAGAGGUUAGGGAAAGAACAAGUGGGUCACAAUUCCCCUCCAUGCUUUUGCUCUACAUCAGGUUUCCACCUUUAGCCUUCCAGAAAUUGUUGAACUAUAACUCCCAUCAUCACUGGCCAUUGGCCAUGUUUUCUGGUGCUGGUAGGUAAUUGUACUUCAGGACCUAUAGCCUGCAGCACCAGUCCUAUCAUGCAACAAGGUGAAGCAGAUGGUGGCAUUUAGAAGAAUGCAGAUGAAAGCAGAAAAUAGUCUCUGAAUGAUGCCCCAAGAUCCCAGGGUGGGGUGGAGGCAUCAUUUGGUGCUCUGCUUUAGGCAGCAAAAACCAUCUUAGGCCAGAAUUGAGAGACUGGGCUUGACUCUUCAAGGGGAGUGGUAACAGGCUGUGACAUCACAGGGCGACCUCAGAGCUGAGGUUCUAGAAGCCAGAUGAACUGCCAACACUGGGUGGGGUGCAUUGCCUGCUGCAACUUGCUGGGCUGUUUAAGAACUUUGUGGUGGCCCUGGAGAGGUUCAGGCAGGCAUUUGGGCAAAGCAACAGGGACAGCAGGACCAGGCCGCUGGGAAGAGAUGAAGGCUCUUUUGCUGCUGCCCCUUAUGGCCUGCCUUGCGUUGAAAGUCCGUAGCAAGAUCUACAGUCGCUGUGAGCUGGCACAGACACUGAAACGCUGGGGAAUGGAUGGGCAUGAGGGCUACAGCUUAGCUAACUGGAUCUGUUUGGCGUACUUUGCAAGUGGCUUCAACACGGAAACUGUGAUGCAUAACUCAGAUGGCAGCUCCGAAUACGGCAUCUUCCAGAUCAACAGUCGCUCCUGGUGUGCUGAUCGACACACUCUAUCAAAGAACCUGUGCAGUUUAUCUUGCUUUGAUCUACUUACUGAAGAAAUUAUUGAUGACAUAAUCUGUCUCAAGCGAGCUACAGCUGAACCAGAAGGCUUGGCAGACUGGUAUGGCUGGAGAGAUCAUUGCCGCGGCAGAGAUCUGAGUUACUGGGUCGCCGCCUGCAAUCUGUGAAUUAAUAGCGCCAUCCAUGGAACUCAUGUCCUGCAAGUCACCCUGCCUACCUACGUCUUGUCUUCAGAUGUAAUUCCAUAAUGUAAUCUGAUUGAAGCCAUAACGCUAUUUUGAUAAAUAAACUCCAUUCCCAGACAA